CCCUAACCUAGCCAAAACGUAAGGUUUUGUAUCUUGUUGAGAGCAAGCUAAAUGCCAAUGCUGUACUGAUGUUUGAGGACGAAAAAGUUAACAGAAACAGAUUCUGAAAGCAGAUUCUUCUUUACAAAAGACAGAGCUUUCUGCCCUCACUGACAUAAAUUAAUUCAGCCAUAAUCUCCAAGAAUCUUAUCUGGGCUGCUGGAGUUAAUUUUCGUUUAAUCUGUAGCAGUUUACUUUAAUCCUUAUCAUAAAGAUCAACAGUUUUCUCAUGGUUACACUUUUGUAUGUAACCUUACAAGUAAGACAGCUCCUCUCCCUGGCCUGUGCAUGGCUGGGAAGCUUUUCUACUGCUGACCCUCUUCUGAGGACAGUCUGAGGCUCAUUACUGAGGCUUUCAAACCUGCAGUUAACAUCCACAGUACAGCAGCUGCACUGUCUAGAAGUACUGUUCCUCUGCAGAAGACUUAUGAAAUACAUUGUGACCUAGAAAGCUCAUAAAGAGACAGAACUCUCCUCAUCAUCUCAUCUCAAGUUCUAUGUCAAUGAGUGACAUCCAGAACCUCCUGAAAUUAGUGGCAGUGCUUCAUUAGGUCUAUUACUGUAUCCAAGAUUGAGACCAGGCACGGUUAGAAAAUGGUCAUAGAAAAAUUCUGGGAAGGGUGGAUCCUGUUCUUGUGUGCCUAAUUUAAAGAUGAAUAACACUUGCACUGAAGGAGAAGAAAAAGUGCCUGAUGACGAACUGGAAUGCAAAAUCUGUUAUCAGAUAUUUACUGUUCACAGUCGUAAACCCAAAAUCUUGGAUUGUCUUCACAGAAUUUGUGCUAGAUGUCUGACAAAAAUCCUUCAUAUAGGAGACAGAUCUCCCUGUGUUAGCUGUCCCUUUUGCCGCCAUGAGACAAAGUUGCAUGAAGGUGAAGUUGAAGGGCUCCCUGAUGAUACAAACAUUAUGUCCAAGCUCAUAUUAAAAGACAAAAUAGCAUGGAACUCUGACUGUAAAGAAGUAGUUUUAACACCAGAAAACUUGACUUUGAGUUCUUCCCAUGGAUUGUCAAACUGCUUAGUAAUUACAAUUGCAGAAGUACAGAGAGACUCGCCAAGGACUCCCAGUCAAAGUACUGCCUCGGAUUAUUCUGCUGACCAUGGCACUGAGUCAGUAUCGCAAAGUUCUCAGAGUCAGCUGGACCAAGAUCUCUUUUCAAAGCUGUGCAAGCAUGUACCCAGAAUACUGGUAUGGCUGCUUGGCUUUCUUUACUUUGGUUCCCUCCCUCUCGGGAUCUAUUUACUAGUGAUUCAGAAGGUGACCCUGGGUGUUGUGUGUGUGAGUUUUGUUCCCUCCAGUCUAACUGUAGGUCUCUUGUAUGGCUUCUGCCAGUGCCUCUGCGAUGGAAUCUGUGACUGCUCUUCAUGAAGCUGAUACGCAGUGUUUUAUCAAUUGGUAAAUUUUUAACUGAACCAUAAACCAAUCACAAACUUUAACCUUUACAGACUGUUAAAAGUGCAUAUAUAUGACAUAUAUGUAUUUUUGUUAAAGCACAAUAAUUUGUGUGAAUGCUGGCAAAAUUGACAACAUGAUGCUGUGGUUUUUCUUUUACUAAAAAGAUGGUGGUUACUAUCACCUGAUCCUGAAGUUACAGAUGGUUUUAGACCACCAUCUCAUUAACUGUGAAUAAAACAGAUAGUUGAAGGGUGCUUACUGCUUAGAAAAAAAACCCUCCCUAUUUUUAUCAAGUACAUUGUCACUAAUUUUAAAAAUAGAUGGAGUUUAGAAAUGCUGUGUAUCACCUGUUAAAAAAAAAGUCCCGUUACAAGCUAGUUCAGAUUUGAGUCAGAUCUUUUCUGAUAUCAAAGGGGAAUAGUUGCAUUAAAUAUUCUGCCCGGCAAUCAGAUUUUUCAAAAGAGUUUUGAGUUACAAGAGUUAUGAAAAAGCUUGUAGUUGAAUCUUAAUGGGCCAACUAACACUUUUUAUGUAAGUUAUUUUUCUUGAUUCAAUAUGCCUGGAAAAUUAUCGGACAUAAAUAUAAAAUAUCUGAUAUAAAAGUAGAAAUGAACCCUAUUUGUUUUCGUAAUUAAAAUACCAACAUACAUUUUGUUUCCUUAACACAGUUCCUGCACAAAAAUUAUUUUCUUUUUCUGAAUAUUUGUCUUUAACCUAUUUGAUACUGCUCUACUGUUAUUUUCUAAAUUUCAUAUGGUUGUACUGAUAAUCUACAAAACUUUUUGCACA